AUGGAUCCUGCGGACGUGGAGGUGCGUCUCGAAGUGGAUGACGAUGGGCUCGCCUACAUCCAGUCAAACCCUGCAGUUCCCUACGUGCUACCCUCGGUGGAAGACCACUUCGACGAAGAGCCUUCCAUUGCACCAACCUCUACCGGGGUUAAGCGCAAGCGUGACACUUCGCCAACACGCGCGCAGGCACACCCAGCUGCUGAGAGCAUUGACCCUUCCCCUUGGUACUUAGACCCUGUCUACUGCAACUCGCUUGACUCUACGCCUGCUAUUGACGAGUCUCGUCUGACUCGGCUUGGAACCGAGGAGCUUGAAGGGUCUGAGUGGUUUCCACCCCCAAAGCGUCAGCUUCGUCCCGGUGCAAUGGCUCCCCUGGACCCCCUGGAGCUGCCUGACACCCCACGCAAGACCACCCCCAACUCGCGCGUUUGGGAAUCUCACCGUCCCUCUAACCUGAACUUUACCAUUUACGAAGACCCCCCGGACCAGGAGACCCCCAAGCCUAGCCCUCUGCAGGAAGGAUUCCACCCUCUGGAGGAGGAUAAAGAAAACAUUUACCUCACUCAAUCUGACCUCGAAAGCUCCGACGAAGAAGAGGACACUCGACCCAACCUCGCUUGGAAUGAAGCUUCCACCGGCCCUCGUGAUGCCUUCGGUCUCCCACUCAACCGCGAGAUGUCUGAUUUCGUCCAACCUCGCAACAACCCAUUCCCCGAGCGCCACAUGCGCCGCGGUCGAGAGGUGCUGCGAACCAUCUGGGUUGAUGAGACACAGGUCCCCGAGGAAGAUGAUGGUCCACUGCAUGAUGACAGUCUGACCGACGCCCAGGUUCGAGAGAUUGAACAGAUUGAAGAAACUUACCAGCGAGGACGAACUACGACCCGCUCUUACCGUCAACAGUUGCGUGAGACUUCCCCAGUUCAGGAUCCGAGCAACUCCCCCAGUGAUGUUCGCCGCGUCCUUAAUUUCCAGCCAGACGAGGGUCGUCGCCCUGUCACUCCCGAGCAAAACGAGGAUCGUCGCCCUGUUGCUGCUGAGGAAAACGAGGGUCGCCCCCCUGUUGCUGCUGAGGAAAACGAGGGUCGCCCCCCUGUCACUCCCGAGGAAAGCGAGGAGGAGCCCCAGCAGCGCCAGCCAGAGCAGGAACAGCAGGAGGAGGAGCAGGACCAGUAA